AAAAAAUGGGUAAAAGAGUAUUAAUUGUGGGACUUUGUUGUUUGGAUGUUGUAAGCUAUUUAGAUAAUUUUCCUGUUGAGGAUAGUGAUAAUCGUGUUUUUGAUUCGAGAAUUUGUUUAGGUGGAAAUGCUACAAAUUCAACAAUAGUUUUUAAUCAAUUGUCAAGUAAAUGUAACGAUAUUAAUUGUGAAUUAUUUGCUGCUCUUCCAAAUAAUAAUAAACUUGUUGACGAAUUAAUUGAAAAAUCAGGUAUAAAUAUGGGAAAAAGUGUUAGACGUGUUAAUUCUGAAUGUCCAUUAUCUACAGUUAUUAUAAAUAGUAAAAAUAAUGGCAGCCGAACUAUUUUACAUUAUAGAGGAAAUUUAGAAGAAAUAACUUUUGAAGAGUUUUAUAAUGCUUUUGGACAAGAAAUAAGGGAUGGUAAACUAGAUUGGAUACAUUUUGAAGGUUUAAAGCAGUAA